AGUACAACCAUAACCUCGCUAACACGCUAAACUACCAGUACAACCAUAACCUCGCUAACACGCUAAACUACCAGUACAACCAUAACCUCACUAUCACGCUCCUAGGACUCUAGAGUACCUAGAGUCCUAGGAGGUACUUAUGACUUGCCAUGUUUUGUGUCUGUCCAUCCUCUCAGGUUUURCUAUGGAGAAACAAGCCUCUGGUUGCUGUGGGCAAUACAUGUGAGAUGAUACAGGUUGUGUGUUUGUGUGUGUGUGGUCCAUUUUCACCACAUAUUAGUGUGUGUUUGUUGUGUGUGUGAGACAGAGACAUGUAUAUCUAUGCUUGUCCUUAUCAUUCCAUACAUCUCCCUCUUUUCCAUUGUCCUCUUAGUUCAGCUGUUUUGCUGCAGUCCCCAGUGUCCCAAGCCUUCCUGUGGAGUAGCCCACUCUGCAGGGGCCUGGGCCCCUCCCAAGGGCCAGGGCUGGCCCACUGGUCUCACUGUUUGUUACAGAGGGCUAUGAGCAGAGGCAGACUGGUCCUUGUACCAUCACUGCUGACAACCGUGUGUAUGUGGAGCUUUCCGCCAAGAGAGCCCACGGUGGGGGUGUGGAGGUGCGGUCCUGCAUGGUGUCACCCCUAUCAGACCCCCGUGCGUCCCCUGGCUGGUCAGUCAUUAGAGACAGCUGCUCCACUGACUCCUCACUGACACUCAGCAACAUGACACAUGGCCAAGAGGAUGAGGAGGAAGAUGAGGAAUAUUAUGAAGAGGAAGAGGAGGUACCUAGAGUCCUAUCAUUCAGGCAUCCAGGAAGGGCUUGGAGGAACAAAGCAGGAUUGAGAAAAAGCGAACACGGUGGGAAGAGGGGACGAGGAGGACGAGCCAAAAGGAAGGAGAGCGAUGGAGGAAUGGGAGGAGAGGAGGACCAGAUACACAGGCUAAGGUUCAGUUUUGUCCUUCGGCCCAUCUACAACAACUCUGUCCAGUUCCUGCAGGAGCACUGUCGCAUCCGUCUGUGUGGCCCUGAGUCAGUGACCCAGSGGCCUCCAACGGCCAUAAUGCAGAGUGGCUGUCCGAAUCCCUGGGGCCAACAGUAUGAGUACAGAAAAUUCUCCAGACCUAUGCUGGUCUAUCAGCCCGUUGGUGUGGCCAGACAGCUGGCGCCACCUGCUGGUCAGAGAGGUGAAAUGCCCAGUGUGUCUCAGCUACCCAAGCCUAUCCCAGCGCACAGCAGCUCUGGGGUAGACACAGACUCAGUGUUGGGGAUUGUGUUUGUUGCUUUCCUUCUGGGCAUCAGCCUGAUGGGGGCGCUGUGGUGCAUCUACUCUCACACAGGGGCUCCUCCACCAACCAGAAGAGGGGGCCUGAUCGAGUAUACUAACUCUGCCUUAUUAGACUCUUCCAACAGCUCUGUGUAGAGGUGAGAUGUGGAACGUGAGCAACACACACAGCAGCUGGGGGACCACAAAGUAAAGAGAAUGUMAAAUUUAGACUAGUAUUCUAUAGACUUAUCAUGGUGGCACUAGCACCCUUUGUGAAUUAGUCAAGCACCUGCAGAUUGCAAUAGUGAUAUCUUGUAUCAUGUGUAAGAAAUACAAUAUUAUCAUUCUCUAUCUCAUUUUCAGUGUUUCCUCUGGUAAAUCUGAGACCGAGGGUAAAGUGGGACAGAAGAUAAAACACCUGGUGUGUGUAUGUGAGUGUGUCAGACCUGGGUUGAAAUACAUGCGUGUUUAAGUAUUUGUUAUUUAAAUACUUAUUUUCUGUGUAUUUUUGUAUUUUCAAAUAAUGUGGCCAAUCAGCUAUUUUUCCUUGAAGUAUUUAAAAAAUAACUUCCUAUGAAUAGCAGAAAAUAUUUUCAAAUAUAUUAUUUCAAAAACCCUAGAACCAAACAGACCUGGGUUCAAAUGCAUGCAGUAUUUUAAUAUUUGUAUUUGAAAAUAGUUGAGCAUUUCCAAAUUCAUUCCAAUAUUUAAGUACUGAAAAAUAUCCAGAUACUUACUUCGAAAUGUCUUUGAAAGUAAUUGAAAUACCCUAAAUAGUUUUUGAACCCAUGUCUGGUAUGUGUAAAUACAUAUACACUGAGUAUACAAAACAUUGAGAACACCUGCUCUUUCCAUGACAGACUAACCAGGUGAAUCCAGGU